CAGCACACACACACACACACACACACACACACACACACACACACACGCACAUCUGCUCUUUCCCCGUAGCCUCCGUCAGGGGUUGCCAUAGAGACCGGAGUGACAUAGAAGAAGGAGAAGGGGAAAGAGUGUCCUGGGCCUCUGCGGAGGGACAGAGCAGCCAGGAGGAGCCGCGUCUUCCUCGGCCACAACGCUCAGCACCGCUGGCAGAAGUUGCUCGGCCGGAGAAGGGAUGCUGGGAAGGGGAGCCCAGCUGGCUCCGUGGCGGUAAAGCCCCUGGGCUCUCCCCACCCCAUGGCGGGGGUGGCAGGACAGCUAAGGCAGCCAGGGAGGCUAUCGGAAAGCUAGAGAGGAAAUCGGAGUCUUCGCUUGCACCUUGCAAAGCUCGCUUUGGGACGGAAGUUUGGGGCUGGGUCUGCACGCCCCAGAAGACGGCCCAGGCAAAGGAAUUCCAUUGUGUUCAGAAGCGGAAAGUUAAUUUCCUCCAGGAUAUGAUUUGCAGGCGCAGCGGCUUGCUUGAUGGCUGUCCUUCUUCCUUCUCGCCGAUCCAAGAACGCGUUGGGCAGCUCAUCUAAGCCUUAUCAAAAUAAUCAUGAAUGGCAGUGACUGAGCGCCCCUCAAACUGCCCAACAAAGGUGACCCAUUCGCAGGUUACCUUCACCAAGGAUGUUCUGCUUAUCUCUUCUGCUCUUGGCUGGAUUUCCACCAUGUUGGGGGUCUGAAGUCAAUCCUGCAAUAUGCCGCUAUCCUUUGGGGAUGUACGAAGGGACCAUCCGUGACGAGGACAUUACUGCUUCCAGCCAGUGGUAUGAUUCAACGGGACCCCAAUAUGCCCGCUUGCUCAGAGAAGAAGGCGAUGGAGCUUGGUGUCCCGCGGGACUCUUGCAGCCAGAAGACGUGCAGUUUCUCCAGAUUGACCUCCACAAACUGUACUUCAUCACCCUGGUGGGAACACAAGGACGCCAUGCCCGUGCCACCGGGAAGGAAUUUGCCCGUGCCUAUCGGAUCAAUUACAGUCGUAAUGGCGAACAGUGGAUCACUUGGAAAGAUCGUCAGAACAGGCAGGUGAUCCAAGGCAACACAGACACCUACGAAGUUGUGCUGAAGGACCUUCGCCCGCCUAUCAUCGCUCGCUACAUCCGUGUCAUCCCGGUGACAGAGCAGCCGAUGACGGUCUGCAUGAGAGUAGAACUCUAUGGUUGUGUCUGGUCUGAUGGCCUGGAGUCCUACAGCAUGCCCGAAGGAGAAACCAUGAUGGCCCCCGGCAAUCUUAUCGUUUAUCUAAAUGACUCAAUUUAUGAUGGUUACCAGGAACGAAAGCUCCUCCACGGCGGGCUGGGCCAGCUUACAGACGGUGUUCUGGGAUUGGAUGAUUUCACCAAGAGCCACCAAUACCGAGUGUGGCCAGGCUACGAUUACAUCGGCUGGAGGAACGACAGCUUACGGAACGGCGUCUUGGAGAUGGAGUUCCAGUUUGACCACCAGAGGAACUUCACCUCCAUGAAGGUCCACUGCAACAACAUGUUUUCCAAAGGGGUGAAGAUCUUUGAGAGGGUGGAGUGCCUCUUCAAGCCGCAGUUGACCGCCGAGUGGGACCCACAGCCUGUGGGCUUGGACACUGUUUUGGAUGACAAAAAUCCCAGCGCACGAUUCGUGACCGUCCCCUUCAACCACCACGUUGGCAAAGCCAUUCUUUGCCAUUUCUACUUUGCUGAUACCUGGAUGAUGAUAAGCGAAGUUUCUUUUCAAUCAGUGAACAUGGAUGCUUCUGACCCAAUCCUGGUUACGUCUGCAUGGAGUCCCACCACGGAAUCAUAUCCAUCAUCAGAGAGACCAAACACUACACAGGGGAUUUUGGGGAGCAGUGCCCUAGCUUCCAUCAGUCCCAGGGUCGAACAGAAGGCAGAGAACUCCAACUCUUCUAGUUUGAUCAGCUGUCUUGUGGCCAUCAUUCUUCUCCUUUUGGUGGUUAUCAUCGCCAUCCUGUGGAGACAGUAUGCUCAGAAGCAUCUGGAGACGGCUCCCCGGCGAAUCCUGGAAGAAGAUGCCACGGUCCGUCUCUCCUUCUACAGCUCCAGAAUUGUCAACGGCCAGACCCAGAUCCACCAGACCAACCCCACCUACGAGAGAGUCUUCCCCUUGGAUCUGGAAUACCACCAGCCUCUCACCCUCCUCCAGAAAUUGCCAGAGUUAUCUCAAAGCGCCGAAGACUCAGCCUGCAGCGGGGAUUAUGCAGAGCCUGACCUCACCAAGUGCACCCCUCACCAGGGAUUCCAGAACAAUGUUCCCCAUUACGCAGAGACGGACAUCGUCAACUUGCAAGGGGUGACCGGGAACAACACCUACGCCGUGCCAGCCAUCACUGUUGACUCGUUGACCAAGAAGGACAUCUCCGUAGCCGAGUUUCCCCGGCACCAGCUGCGGCUCAAGGAGAAGUUGGGAGAAGGGCAAUUUGGGGAGGUCCACCUGUGUGAAGCUGUGGGUCUUCUGGAAUUCUUGGGCCGCGCUUCUCCAGACAGUUCCAGCCAGGCGAUUUUGGUGGCUGUGAAGAUGUUGAGAACGGAUGUCACCAAGACAGCCAGGAACGAUUUCCUAAAAGAGAUCAAAAUCAUGUCCCGGCUGAAUGACCCAAACAUCAUCCGUUUGUUGGGUGUGUGUGUGAAGGAUGACCCUCUCUGCAUGAUCACUGAAUACAUGGAAAAUGGGGACCUUCACCAGUUCCUCCUGCAACGGCAGAGUAGAAGCACCUUCACACGGUCCAGCAACGUUCCUUGUGUCAGUAACCUCCACCUCUUGCUCAUGGCAACUCAGAUUGCUUCUGGCAUGAAAUACUUGGCGUCCCUCAACUUUGUCCACCGGGAUCUGGCCACACGCAACUGCUUAGUUGGAAAUAACUACACCAUCAAGAUUGCUGAUUUUGGCAUGAGCAGGAAUCUGUACAGUGGUGAUUAUUACCGGAUACAGGGCAGAGCUGUGUUACCAAUUCGUUGGAUGGCCUGGGAAAGUAUUCUGUUGGGCAAGUUCACCACCGCCAGUGACGUGUGGGCCUUUGGUGUGACAUUGUGGGAGAUGUUCACCUUGUGCAAAGAGCAGCCCUACAGCUGGCUUUCUGACGAACAGGUCAUUGAGAACACGGGGGAAUUCUUCCGAGAUCAAGGCCGACAGGCUUACUUGUCCCAGCCGCCUCUGUGUUCAAAUCCUGUCUUUUCAUUGAUGAUGAAAUGCUGGAGCCGGGAUAUCAAAGACCGCCCCACCUUUGAAGCAACCCAUCUGUUUCUCAUUGAACAAAUGGACGGAAGUAUCGGAACGAUAUGAGGUCAUGAGGCUGUCGAAAGACCACUGAAGUUGGGCUAAAGGUUCUCAAGGGUCUGUUUGACUCCCUCUUUCCUGUGGACAAGUCCAGGUGGAGUCAGACGAACCUCCAAAGUAACCGCUGAAGGUGUCCUUCUUGAGAUUUCUUCAAGAGGUGGCCUGAUGGGUCCUCUUUCUCACGAGGCUGGGGGCCAUCCUGAGAAGAAGCAUGGCCCAAAGUUGAGGUGACUACAUCACCUUGGCGAGAGGAAUCCAUGCUUUGCAACAUCCUCUCCUUGGGGCCAUCUUGGAAGCUGCUGCUUUUCUCAGCCAUGAUUCCGAGUUCCAGAGGGCUGAGAAGCUAACAUCUCACGGAAUAGUUUUGUCUCCUUUCCUUGAAAUAUGGAGAGGAUCUUUUGCCUGUGCUUUGUCCCUCUUUUCUAGCUAUCAGCAGAAUUCACUCUCUCCAAAAUGGAAGACAAAUAAUGUUCCGUCUCUAUGGAAGAGUCAGUUUCUUGGGACAUCUGUCCACCUUUCCUGAAAACCACGUUCGGUGCAUCCUGUGGGACAGGCCCUGUUUUCUGUUGAGCCACCAGCUACUAUCCUUUCUACUAUCCUUGGGGAGCCGAUGGAUCCUUGUGACUGCCGAUUCACCCAAAGGAGAGACGUGUGAAGUUUCCCACACUGGAUUUACUACUUUUAUGAAGAACAAAAUGAAAACAAACGUCAAAGUUGAUAAGAAGUCCUUCUAGAUAGAUAGAUAGCAACAAAUGGAAAGGAUUUACUUUAGGGGGCUGGCAUGAUUGUAGAGGAAUGAUUAGCCACCAGUGUGGUUAAUGUCAAGAUAAAAUGGAUCUGUUGUAGCCCAAAGGGUCUGAGAUUUAGAUCACGCUGAAAUUUGAAAUGUGUCAAGACACCAAACAGGUCAUAGCCCACCUUAGUACAUCUCAAUUUCAUUUCCAUCCAGCCUUCCAUUCCUUCUUUAUUUUAAACCUCUUAAACAUCUGCUGCUUUCAUUUUUAAGUUUGAAAAUUAGCCAACUAGGUUUCUAGCCCACGAGGAUUUAAGCUUGAAAAUUUGGAGUUUUGUGAUGGGUGGGAUCUUAAGAAAGAUCUUGGAGAAGGCAGAGUUGGCACUCAAAUGCCCUGAAUGUUUCCCUCUGUGUCCCCUCAAAAGGAUCCACAUUUGUAGAAAAAAAAAGAUCAAUUGGCACAAUUUGGCAGUAGGGUCUAUCCUGCAAACUGUCCACUUUUUAACCAGCCCAUGGUUUCAAAUUAAUGCGUAGCAAGUUGUUGUUGUUACAGCUUGGUUUAUUUUUUUGUGUGUGGUGCUUAAGGUCAUUGUUAAUUACACAAAACAAUAAUGGAGCAAAGCUAGAGCAAAUCAAUUUGGUAAAUAACUCCCAUUUUCCCAGGCCAAUCCAGGAAUUGGCAUUUGGGGGGGGGGGAAAUGUGGAGAAUUCUUUGGUGGAGACGAAUGAAAAGUUAUUUUGGAAAAGGCAACCGGACUGAUUUUUUUGAGGAGGAGGAAGAAGAAGAAGGAAAAAAAAAAAAGAUCUUUGCUGGAGACCUUUCGGUAAACGUUGUCUUCCAGAAUUACGAUUUUCAGCUCAGGGAAGAGAAAAAGAACUCUUUAAACAGUUUAAUCGUCAACCCUCUUCACCCUGGCUGAGGUGGAAAAUGCAAACGUGAGUGGGAAACCACCUGGCGUACAUUGAAUUGACACGAACUACCUGGACGUCUCUGUAAACCAGUAGCACCCUUGACUUAAAGGCUUUACUGAAGUGCCAGGCCCUAUUCAAAUAGUUCAGUUCUUGCUCUCUUUUUUAAUUAAUAUCAAGGAAAUGCAAAUUAGUUUGGGGAACUCGAUAAUACAGAAGACUUUUAUCUUCUGCCUUAAUACCACAGGGAUGCAAAUUAGUUUGAGGAACUUGAUACUGGAGAAGAAGACUUGAUCUUCUCUCUUCGGUAGCCCCAACUGCCUCUUCUUAUAGGUCACAUGCACCCCAUUUCCCUGAAGACCACCCCAAAUGGUAGACAUGGCCUGCUGGUGUCCUAGACUGGCAUAUAAUCAGUGAAAGAGUAAUUUAGCAACUUCUUCCCUACACAAUAAAAGGAACAUUUCCAUUGCAUCAAUUGUGUUGACCAAGGAAGGACAGCUGUAUUUGGCUGGGGAUACAUCUCCAUGAUUGGAAGAGACAGAAACAGGGGCAUUUACAGAUAUAGCUUCUCCUUUGUAAGAGUGUUGUUGGUGGCAAGUCACAUUGUAUGAUCUAUUCAGGGAGCCGGGAAUUUGGGGAUAACUGGAAUUCAUAGAAUCGAGAAAGGGAAUGUCUCGCACGAAGGCCAAGCUGGUUGAGAACUUAAGAUGGGCUCACCAGAUACCAAUCAUUGGUAGGUUCCAACUCUCCAUGGAACCUGGGUCCCUAGGACACAAUUGUUGGGUUCCCCUAACGAGCUCUGCCUGAAGGAACCCUCAACCCAUCUGUCCAAAUUCAUACAUUGGUCAUCAGAGUUGGUUUCAGCAGAAAGGGAGGGCUUGUGGUCCUCCAAAUGCUGCUGCAGAAAAAGUCCCAGGAUUCUUCACUGUUGUUGCUCCAGCCAGGCCUGCUGGGGAUUGUAGUUGAGAAGAACAUCUGGAAGGAGACUUGGUGUACACCUGAUAUUUAAGGGAAUGUUAUUACCUCUGCUUGGUUUUUGACUUUAGUGCCUUAAUUGUCAAUUAUGUAUACCUGGUCUAAAGAUCAUUCCAACCACUAUCCUAUGGAGAACUGGUGGGGUUAGAGUCUCCCCUCUCCCCCCAACUUUUUGGUUACCUUGCCUUUUUGCUUCAAUAAGCCAUGCUCCCGUAACUCCAAAAAAACCCCUGGCUUUUCAACAUUUCCUUGGCAGUUAGCAAACAUUCCCCAGCAUGGUUUCGGAGCAAAAUAGAUCAAUAUUUGCUAACUCUUUGUUCCUCUGUUUUCAAGACCAGUUGAAUGCCAGAGAGAGUUCCACUUACAGGUUUUUCUGCAUGGAACUUUUGUAUUUUUUUAAAAAAAAUACCAAAGAUAUUUUGCAUUUUUUAAAAAAAAAACAUAUGAAAGAUAUUUUGUAUUUUUUUUUUAAAAAAUACAAAAGAUGCAGGAUCAAACCGGGGCUAUUUUUUUAAAAAAAUAAAAUAGAUGGCCAUUUCUAAAAACCUUUCUGUGCCUCUCUUAGCAACAAUCAAUCGAUCAAAAUGUCUAAAAAAAUAAUAAUUAAAAGCAAUAAUUAUGUCCCCCUCACCUUUGACUAAUUUCUCUUCCUUCUGAGGGUGGGAGAUUGUCUUUCCACGUUACUUGAAGUUUGAAAACUGUGGAUAUAUAACCACUUUGUCGCAAAGCACAUAGGAUUCCCUGGGGGGGGGGGAAACCACACAUUUUUUUCCUUCCUUUUCUAUUCUAUUUUUGCUAACCCACCGUUUUUAUGUAAUUUGACUCUUUAGCUCUGUACAUUUUGUAUUUAGAAAUGGCAUUCAGAUGUGUACAUAGUAUAAUAUAUGAAUUUAACCAGGAAUUCCUCCGUAAUCACACUGUUGCUUAGAAGAAGCUGUUCUUUAUUCUGAUGAGAAUUUUUAUACGUUGACAAAUGACCAAUAAAGUCUGUUGGUUUUUCUCACCCUG